AUGAAGUUUUGGAAGUUGUCUGGUCAGAAAUCAUCAGACUUCUUUGAUCUGCAGCAGGUGAUCAAAGGGUGGCUAUCAGGAAUAGGGAGUGCUUCUGUGAGGGGAAAGAAAUGCAUGAGACUUUUCUGCAAGAAAGCACAGGAAGAGGUGCCCAUAUUGCUGCUGUGGUAUCUGACUCUGGUGCAGCCAGAUAACCGCCAAACGAGCCACCUCCACGCUGCUCCUCUCAGGGUGCAGUCAGGAAUCCCCAUGUCUGGAGCAUUCCUGGAGACCCAGCCCCAGGGAGACCAGGCAGUCGAAGGGAAGAUGCUGGUCCUUGUCUUCUCUGUGGCUGAAGGCACAGGGGACAUCAUGUUCUCCUGGCACAGAGAGGACACGAGGGAGAGUCUGGGGCAGAAAAGUCAGCGUUCCCAGAGAGCAGAGCUGGAGAUCCCUGUUAUCAGGGAGAGCCACGCAGGGGGCUACUACUGCACAGCUGACAAUGGCUACGGCCUCAUCCAGAGCGAGGCGGUGAACGUCUCCAUGAGAAUUCCAGUGUCACAUCCUGUCCUCACUUUCAGUACUUCUGGGGCCCAGGCCUUCACUGGGGACAUGGUGGAGCUUUGCUGUGGGAACAAGAGAGCAUCUCCCCCCAUCCUAUACCGGUUUUAUCAUGAAAAUGUCACCCUGGGGAGCACCUCGGUGCCUUUUGGAGGAGGAGCAUCCUUCAACCUCUCUCUGACCACAGGGCAUUCUGGGAACCAUGCCUGCGAAGCUGACAGUGGCCUGGGGGCCCAACGAAACGAAAUUUAGACCCUUCUGUUUACAGAACAUCCACCUAAAAUCCGCUUGGUGAAUGGUGCCCACCACUGCAAUGGGCGGGUGGAGGUGGAAAAGGAAGGUCGCUGGGGCACUGUGUGUGAUGACGGCUGGGACAUGAAGGAUGUGGCUGUGGUGUGCCAGAAGCUGGGCUGUGGAGCAGCCAGACACACACCUGCAGGCAUGUUGUAUCUGCCAGUGACAGAAGAGGACUGACCUGUAUUUAUUCAGGUAGCCCUGUGCAAUGGGACAGAAGAGGCCCUGGCUGAAUGUGAACAGAUGGAGACCUUUGACUGUGGGCACGAUGAGGAUGCAGGCGUAGUGUGUGAAGGUGGGUGA